GUUUAUUAAUAUCUUCUAGGGAAGGGCUGAAGGAAGUUGAAGAGUCAGCUAAAGAGAUAAUAAAAUUCACCACUGAGAAGCUGUCCAUAGAUGAAGCCUCACAGUUGGUGAUUUCUCCACUCUGUGGUGCGGUAUCCCUGUUUGUAGGGACUACAAGAAAUAACUUUGAAGGGAAAAAAGUCAUUAGCUUAGAAUAUGAAGCAUAUCUCCCAAUGGCAGAAAAUGAAAUCAGAAAGAUCUGUAGUGACAUUCGGCAGAAAUGGCCAGUCAGACAUAUAGCAGUGUUUCAUAGACUUGGCUUAGUUCCAGUGUCAGAAGCAAGCAUUAUCAUCGCUGUGUCCUCAGCCCAUAGGGCCGCAUCCCUCCAAGCUGUGAGCUAUGCCAUUGAUACUUUAAAAGCCAAGGUGCCCAUAUGGAAAAAGGAAAUGUAUGAAGAAUCGUCAUCAUCUUGGAAAAGAAACAAAGAAUGCUUUUGGACAACCAGUGAUUAAGUCACACAUUUUUUAAAGAAUACUAAAAUUAAAUUUGUUGUAUUUUAGUGUACAAUACAUACCAGACACACACUGGUGGCAGGCCCGUGGUAAGCCGCCCUGACAGCUUGGUUCACCAGAACUGAGAUGGGCAAGGUUGAGGAAAGCGUUUGAGAGGCCACCUGAUCGGGAAUGGGACACGUUUGUGCAUCGAUGUAGCUGGAAGCAUGUGCCACCCAACCUUUGCAUUAAUGUGCCGUCUCUACAGUGAGGGCCAGUCGGUAAGCUUGCUCUGUAUCUUUCCUAACACAUAAUAACUUCAGCAUAUUUAAUCCUUAAAAUGUUUAAACCCUCCUGCUUACUACUAAAACUUAAAAAAAAAACAACCAAACAAACAACUUCAGAUGACUGCUUAGGCAAGUUGCAACAGUUGGCCAACGUUUUUUCCUCUCUCUUCCAAGCACACAUUUUAUUUCACGUGAUAAGUUGUGCUUUAGAGCAGUGCUUCUCAGACUUUACUAUGUAAUGUAAUAUGAGUCAUCUGGGGAUCUUGCUAAACUUCCCACUGGCGUUCAGUAGUUCUGGAUGGCACUGAGAUACGCAUUUUAUAAUAGGCUCCAGGUGAUGCAAUGCUGCCUAUCUGUGGACACACAUUUCGAGGCAAGGUUUUACACCUAGUCCUUAAACCAUGAAGGUAGUUUAAGGUUCUUACAGAACAUCCUGUGGUCACUGCUAGUAAUUUAAGAGAUUAGAUACAUCCUUCCAAUUCUUACUUUGCUUCAGAACACGUUCAAGACUCCAUCGGAGUGUGUAAGAUAAAUACAGUGAAAUAAAUAUACGAGCCAUAAAAUUAAAAGUCCAAAGUAAUAUAACUUUAUUUUCAAAGCUAUUUUAAUUAUAAUAAUGUGGUAUAAAGAGUGUUUACAGUUAAAUAACACUUUUGCUUGAUUCUCACAUUUGAGUUUUUCUCAUAUGAAUGUUGAUUACUUUUCCAAUUCGAUUUGUUUCUCAGAAAUGAAUUGUACAAUUAGAUGAACAUGCAUACAUUUUUAUAUUUUUUGUGGAGAGAAAAAAGGCAAAAACCAGUUAAUUACAUCUUAAAGAUUUAUACUUUACAUGAAGGAAAAUAUCCAAGACAGUUUCUCUUUAAAAAAUAUACAAUUCUAACAUAGUUGUGCAAUAUAUACAUUUUUGACUUUGCCAAAAUCCAGUACAGAUGAAACCAUCUUUUUGUAUUUACAUAUGGCUACAUUUUCAUUAAGGUUCAAAGACGUGGUUAACAUUUUUAUUUCAAAUUUUACCCUCAUGUUUAUCUUUUACCUUUAGAUGUUUAGCCUUUCAAAUUGUUUAUAAUGGGUAUGCUUAAUGUACAUGAGGGGCAUAAUCCCGAAAAGUCAUGGGUACAGGUAUUUUCUGUGUGCAAACUGAAAUACCAAAGAUGGGCCAGGGUGCUCAGUUUGAGGGAUCCUGCUUUCUGUUUAAUGUCUUGAGAUUUUUAAUAUAUUAACUUAUAGCUGCAUAUCAGAAUAGAUAAAUACAUUAUAAAAUUAUACCUUUACAAUAGCUUUUAGUAUAAUCACUUGUGUGAUUAUGAUAAAUUGGUUUUAGUUUUCAUUUCACAGUUAAUAGAUAACUUCUAUUAUAAAAAGAACACUGCCAGCUAGAAAAAAUUUCUUUCUAGUUGGGGAGUUCUUUUGCUGCUAAAAUGAAUGAUGCACCAUUUCAAGUCUUAAGGCAGCUUCCUCACAAACUAUUUUACUAUUUUCUAAAUGGCUUAUGUGGCAGCCAUGCACAAAGCAACUGUUUUUAAUCACAUUCUACAGAUCUUGUCUAUAUACCAUUUAUGAAAUGGAAACUUUAAGAUGGUAUCUUUUAAGCCCCAUAUUAUACUUACUUUUAAAACAAAAGUAUGGCUGAAUAGGAAUACAUAACUGUUUAUUUCAAGCACUGGGUUUUGUUUUAAUUUCUUGGAUAAAUCCUCGCCUUUGCUUAAAAGUGCUUGAGAAAUACUAGAGCCCUGCCUCAAAUUUUGAUCUGAUGAUGGAAGUUGUGUAUUUAUAUUAGGCCACUUGCUCUUAGUGUAUUGGGGUUCUCAAUUGGGGUGAUUUUGCCUCCCAGGAGGCAUGAUACAAUGUCUGGAGAUAUUUUUUGAUUGUCACAUCUUGGGGCAGAGGAUGCUCCAUGCCAGGGAUGCUAAACAUCCUACAAGGCACAGGACAGUCCCCUGCAAGAAUGCAUUACCUGGCCCCUCACGUCAGUAGUGCCCAGGCUGAGAAACCCUGCCCUAGGGUAAUAAAUGGUACAGAGACAAGUGGCUAAGUUUUUAGUUUGUAGUAACCCAGCUACUUCAUGGAGACAACGCUGCCAAGGUAGAUUACCUAAGCCACGGCUUGGCCAAGGCUCCCAAACUCACCGUGGGUUUUAGUGCUUCUGUAAGAAAGGAAUGACCUGCUAGAAUUCCUUGUGUAGCACCCUGAAGAACUAGUAUGUAUAUGUGUACAGUAGUUAGAUGGUUUAUUAAAUACUCUAUCAACUUAGUGAUGUUUUUCCUCUACCCUCAAAGAAGUUUUGGACUCAGAGUCCACACCGCUGUACUAAGAAUUGGGCUCUAGCACAUCUAGAGAAUACCAUGGUUUUGCUAUAAACCCCUGACAUUUUAUGGCUAAUCCCCCCCCCCCCCAGUUUUGCUUUGUCAAAUACAAAAUAAAUCACUAAACAGUGUAGAUAGCUUGAGAUAGCUCACAGGAGUUGGGCCAGGAGGGCAGUCGGGACCAGAUGCACACGGGCAUAUGCCUGUUUUCAAAGUCAGGUUUUUGGAGGAUUGUAAUUACAAGAAAUCCAGAUCAUAGCCUUUUAAAGCUAAAAGCAUUGCUGCUGAACUCCAACCCAGUCUUCCCAUUUUCUAAUGCAGACACUGCAGUGUAUAUAGUCCCUUUGCCUUUCUCCCAGUCCCUCCUGGAGAAUGUGUGGGCUCAGAAACAAAGUGCAGAAGGAGAAAUGGGUGGUGUAUCGCCAAGACAGUUCAUUUACAUCAGUGACUGGGAUGCUCGUUAGAAAACAGACUAAUGGGUUUCAUCCCUGUCUGACCAAAUAAAUGUCUCAGGAGUUGGGACCAACAGGCUACCUAGGGAUCAAACUUGCCCAGGUGGGAGUCAUUCUUCUGGAAGCUUAAGUCCUCCAGCAACACACAAACCCAGAGGGUAUAACUGCUAAUUUGGUGGUUUCCAAUAUCUCCUUGUAGUUUCUUGCAAAUUCCCGUGUUUUGUUUUUUUGUUUUUUUUUUAACUGCCUGAAAUUCCAACAAUUAGAAAUUCACUCUGGCUUAUUUUUCUUACUUGUUUACCAAUAAAUGAAAAUAGCUCCCUGGAGUUAAGGAGAUUAUUCACAUAAGUAUGUGAGAUGAUUUUUCGUCCUCAUACCUGGAGGUAUGAGGGGAGCAGCUGCCCCCAAGGAAUGGGAGACUGGGCCAAGGGCCAAGGGAAGGUGGUUAACUCUGGAUGACUGGAUAGGAAGGUGUGCCUCAGGGAGCUUCUAGAAGAUGGGGGCACCAGGAGGUGGGAGAGUGGCUUGGUCCGGAAGGAGGAAGGAUGCCAAAGAAAUUACUCAUCUUCUGAAAAUUCAAACUAGGUCCCUGCCAGCCAGUCAAGUUAGCAAGUUGGGCAUCCUGAAGGAGAAAGGCAACUUCCUACUUCCUGUAGCAUAGGCUGGGCCUCUAGCAGAUAGGAUUUUACCAUAAACGUUGUGAUAUUAUGGAUUUUAAACAAAGUUUUGUGCUUUGGCCUCUAAAUUACUACCCCCUCUCCACCCUUAAAUGGAAGUUUUUUCUCCAGAAAGCAUACUCUGGGCUCCUACCAGGUAUCCAGGCGUGUUUUGAUAAGUACAUCCUAGCAAACAAGGGACUGAGAAGGCAGCUGCAGGCUGACAACAGCAAAUUUUACCCUACUUUAUUAAGAAAAUUAUCACUUUAACUUCUGUGGCAGCUUUGGAUGAGCAGCAUAAGUUGAAAACCUGUGUUGUUUUCUCCCCAUCAACAUCAAUAGCCAAGCUAAUUCUGUAUCUAUGUGAAGUCCUUCCACUUUUGUUGUUACUGUUUAAAAACAAUCAUUUUCAAUGAUUGGGGUUCCCCCUCCAAUCUGAGAAAGGUUGUAUUUUUCUUUAAGACUUCUCAUGUUUGUAAGCAUUUCAUUUUUCUGACACAACGCACAUAAUGUAAACUCUGGACCAGCCAAUGGAAAGAUACCACUUUUCCUCCCAUAUAAAAUAAGUCUUUUACCCUUUAUACUCCUAGCCACCCCCCCGCCCCAAUUUCUUCUUUCCAAACUGACCUGCAGUUUUUGUAAAAUAUCAGGCUAGUUUACCUAUUACACAUAAAACACAGAUUUAAAAAAAAAAAAAAAUCCAUUCAUGCAAAUUGCAGACCCAGGCUGCAUGCUGCCAGGAGACUGGGGCGGGGGGGGCUCAGCUGCUGAGUUCCGUGGUCUCGUCAAUCUCAUCUGCAUUUUUGGACAUUUUUUCAUAUUUUCUUUUGAAGAAGCCGAGCUGUAAGAUGCGGGUGUAAACAAUUGACCACCCAUGGGCUAUUUUGUCAUGGCGUCUUUGCCCCCGCCCUGGCCGCCCACUAGAGCACCUCUGGGACUCUCGGGGCUCUGGAGGGGGUGGUGUGCACACUGUGACCUGGUGUCAGCUUUUCAGUGAGGAAAUAGUACCCAGGGAGUUGAACUCAAUUCUCAAUUGCAUCGAGUUAAAUUUAAAUUUUCCAUGGUCUGCUUAUUUGCAGCUGAACAAAACAUUCAGGGGUCUGGAUGGAAGGCAGGCUGAAAAAAAAAAAAUAUAGGGACCAAGACCAAGGAUCUAAAAUCCUUACUGAUGGUUUUCAAGGACAUAAGUGAGAAUUUGCAAAUAAAUUUGCAUUUCCUUUUCUCUUACGAUGGAGGAGGUAUUAUAUAAAACUUAAGGCUACUGUUUGAUAAGGAAAUUCAAGACAGAUGUCUUUAGGAGCACCAUGUUUUUAACCAUCUGAGCCACCCAGGUGCCCCUUUAGGAGCCCCAUGUUUUUAAAUAUGAAAAAUUUUCUUACCUUCCAUAAAACUGCAACCAGAGCUAAUAGCAAAAGGAUUCCAGCAAUUACACUUCCUACUAUAACUCCAGUUGGAACUUCAGCUUUCUCAUGGGGUUUCAUUAUCGUGAUGGGAAUCUGUAAAUGUACAUAUGCAACAAUUGAGUUAAUUGUAGCACCCAGAGAAAGUGAGAUGGUUUCGUCAAAUUCUCUAAUUUUAUAAAUGGUGGUCCAGAAAGGUGACGUGACUCACUCAUGAUCUCAUUCCUCAGCUAAAUGUUGUGCAGUAUAAUUUCUAAAGAAAAUGCUCCUGCAAAGUACAGGCAAGGAAUACAAGUUUUCUAGUUUCCUCUGUUCUUAGUUGUGUCUGUAUUUAGUAGAUACGUCACCUCGGACAACCUCAGAUGCUUUAUUUAUGAAAUAGGAACUUCGGUUUCUGACACAGUUCCAUCGUCAAGUGACAGCAUUUGGAGUCCAGACUUGGAGAGGGGAGUCGAAAACCAAACAAAUUAACAACCCUAGAUCCCUUGUGAUUAAGUAACAGCAGCUUUGUACUAGGAUCCUAGGUAAUUGCUUUCACUUAACUCACUCAAGUUAUUUGAUGUGGAUUGUUAAAAAGUGGAAGUAACGGCUCAGGUUGACCUUUUCCGUGAUAAACUGUCCUUGAGGCUAUUUGUGAUUCUUUAUGUCUACUUCCUGGGAAUCUUUGUGACUUUGUAAUAGAAUGGUUGCCCUAAGAGUUGUAAUGAUAAAACAGUAUCAUACAUACA